UGUGUAGGUUAUCAGUUGUUAUCAUGGAAUAUUGACACAUCUAAUUGAAAUCUAACAUUCUAAUCAACGUCAAAAUUUUAAGUAAUAUAUUUCAUAAAAAAAAUUACAACCAUGCCAAAAAGAGGUAGAAGUCAUUGCAUUGAAAAACCUAAGCCUAUUCCACUACGUCCAAAGCCAAUACCACCACCUCCUCCUCCUAUAUUAAUGCCAAGCGUCAUACCAUUUCCCUACAGACCAGUACAAAAGAUAUACGUCAUUCCUCCACAAGAAUAUGCAAUAUAUUAUACUUCUUGAAACACUACUUGAGGACAACAAAGGUUGCGAGAGUAAAGAAUUUGACAGCGACGACUACUGGGAAUGUGCCUUAAGAACUAUUAUCGGUAGCCUGUGGCAUCAAGUUUCUACUUGUAAAAUGGGCCCCAAAGAUGAUCCAGAAGCAGUGGUCGACAACACCGGCAUUGUCCAUGGUAUCAAAAGACUACGCGUAGCCGACACCAGUAUUAUACCUUUACCGCUCACAGCUCAUACUGCCGGGCCAUCUUAUAUGAUCGGAGAGAAGAUUUCAGAUCUCAUUAAAGAGGAAUGGAAAGCUAAAUAGUUGCGAGAAGUGCGACGUAUUAUUUUAAGAUUGUGUUUCUAGUGAAAAUUACGUAAAAGCAAAUGAAGGCUGCAAUACAAUAUUUAUUAAAC